AUGGAAUGGGACGAGAAGACAAGUUACGAAAAACGAGAGGACGGGAAUGCCGUACUACUUGUGAUACGGAUGGGGGACAAGGCGAAGACGCACAAUGCGACAUAUGUCAAGAAUUUGCCCUACAAUAUUUUGAACAAAUGCACAAUAUCCAUAUUCGGAGCACGAACUAAAGGCUGUACAACAAACUCUGGGUUCCCUUCCACCGAACCUGCCUUACAGUCGCUCGUGAAACGGGCUGGAUCGUACUUCGAUCAGGAUAGGAUCAAUGCCCGAGAGCGACAGAAGCAAUGUACGCGUGUCCAGACCGCAGGUCUGUGCCCGGCGAGCUCGGUCGACAUAGGCAAUCGAGCAAGUCGACAAGCACUUAUUUCUAUCAUCGGGGUUCAUACGAAGAAAUUAAGACCGUCAAACUACGAAGAAAGCACCGUAAGCCAUAUGACAUCUAUCACGCAGAUUGAACACAACCGAACGGCGGCGGACAAGCUCAACUCGAAGCACGUCAAUCAAUGGCGCAAGAGCCGAUCCUCCUCGUCUGAACUGUGCGGUCCAAGCAAGAUUUUGACUUUGACAUCGACGGCAUCAUGA